UAAACCUAUCUUAAGCAUUGCGAUAGCGGUUAGUGUUUAACGUUUAAAAACCUAGCUUAAGCAAUUGUGGGAUGAAAAGCCGAAGGUAGGGAAAUGGGGAGCGGGAAACAUAAACCUCGCCAAAACCCUAAACCCAACGCAAAACUCCUUCGCCCUAAAAAACCCAAAUCCAAGUUUAAGAAGAAGACGAAGAGCAACAACAACCCCCAAAACGACACCAACGAAAUCAAAACCAAAAACAAAACGACUACUGGAACCGGCAACAACAACGAUAACCCACCGGUAUCAACGUCCCAGCAACUGGGUUAUUUUGUUAGUCAGUUUCAAUCCGCCAAUGGGGUCAAACUCUCUUCUCUUGAAUUGGAAUCAAUUAAAGAUAGUUAUAUAUUGGAUGUUUCUGAAGAGUUGGGUCAAGAUGUAAUGAGGCUAGAGAAACAUAUAAGGGAAGCUUUUGCGGCCAGAUGGAAAGAAGAGCUUUGUGAAGGGAAGCUUAUUGAAGGGAAGAUUGAAGCAGGAAGUCCUGCAGUUCUUGUUGUUGCUACUUCAGCGUUACGAUCUAUUGAACUUUUAAGGGGCAUGCGCUCAUUGACUAAAGAAUGUCGUGCUGUAAAGCUAUUUUCAAAGCACAUGAAAAUUGAUGAACAGGUAUCUUUAUUGAAGCACCGAGUUAAUAUUGCUAGUGGUACACCAACUAGAAUUAAAAAGUUAAUUGACAUUGAAGCAUUGGGGCUUUCACGUUUAUCAGUGAUUCUGCUUGAUAUUCACACAGAUGUCAAGGGCUAUUCCUUGCUUACACUUCCUCAAGUCAGAGAUGAGUUCUGGGACUUGUACAAGAACUACUUUCACCAGCAAGUAGUUCAAGGUGAUCUGCGCAUCUGUCUUUAUGGUCCAAUUCCAAAUGGCCAUGAAUUUAAGGGCCAAAGUGUUGAAUUGGUUGGAGAUAGAGAACAGUUAGAUUGAUAAAAAAUUUUGAUCUGUUUUGUGCAUGUAUCCUGCAUUUUUGUUUAAAAAAAAAGAUUAGGUUACAUCAUUUUCCUUGCCAUGCUUUGCUUAUGCAAAUUUAUUUUCCGUGGUCUCUCUUUCAUGGAUUUCACUUUCAUAGUCUGCUUGAUCCAUUUUCAUGUUUCUUCCCUAAGCCUCAAAGUCUCUAAUCAUAAAUCAUAAUCCAAGAGAAUCUAGAUGGAAAUUAGGCCAGGGGUGACGACUCUCGGCUGUAUCAUCUCCCUGAUAUCCAAAUGAUAUAAAUCCGAUGAAUUCAAGAAUCUGAAGAAUUACAUGAAAGUCAUGGCAGAGAAGUCAACAGCUCCCACUAUCAUCUUCAGUGGAAUCACCACCAAAUUAUUCUAGAAGUUGACUUAUGUGACCAUUGGUUCAGGCCAUGUGUAGGUCUCUUUUUCUUCAAAACUAAUGUCAAGGGGAGAUUCAUGCGUUCCUUUUUCAAUUGCAGUGAUUUGUAGUGUAUACAUGGAAAGAUAUUCAAAUCUAUUUAUGCAUAAUUUCAACAAAAAAGAAAUAGAAUGUAUCUACCUCUUGACCAUAUCAGGUUAUUGGGUUCUUUUUUUAAAGCUCAGUGACUGAAAACUAGAUACCUGAUUUGCUUAUAAUGAUUAUGUGGAAGAUUGAGUGUUAAAUUUGCUCAUGAAAUUCUAUCAUUGCUGAUGUAAAUCCCAUUAGAAAAAUGCCCUUCCAAAGGGUAAUUGUGGAGUUCUCCACUACAUCUUCUUCAAGUUAAUGUGCUUGAGUCUUGAUUGAUGCUGAUCGAAUGUAAAAUUAAGCCUAGAAUCAAUGACCUUAAGAUUUAUGAAUGAUUCCCCCCCAACCCUCUUUCUCUUUAACUUUCCAUUUUGAUUGCAUUAGCUUUCUAAUAGUCAUUCCUCAUUAUGAAAACUUUUGUUAACAUAUUGUAGAUUAGGAUAGAAUCCGGAGUUUAGUUUAGUUAAUUUAUGCAGUCAAUUUUAAAAGGUAGCAUUCCAUGGGUUUAGAAUUCGUAUCCUCCUUCCCCCAUACUGAAACUGUGAGUUUUUUUUUUUUUUUAGCAUAAAGGUGAUAUGUUUGAGAAGCCAGUCUCUGUUUAAUUGAUGCUUUUGCUAUUUAUUUUGCUUUUAUCAACCAAACAACGGCUUACUCACAUUUUUUUA